AAAAAAAAAAGAAGAGGAAAACGUAUGAAAGAAAUAUGCAGAAGGGAGGGAAAUUGAAAUUGAAAUUUCAUCAUUUUUUUCCCUCUUUUCCUGUCAUCCUCAGUUCCCCACCCAGGCGCCUUCGUCUUCAAACCCCACCUCAGGCUCUCAGCCCUCAUCCUUCUUCGAGAGCCUCCUUCGAUUUUUUGCCUGAACCUCCUCUACCCACGUUCGCUCUUCCUUCUGUCUCGUUGCCCUUUGCUCAGCUUUGUAGGGGAAGUAGGUGGUUGUACUGCUGUUUACCAUUUGAGGACAUCAGCAAAAUGAAGGGCCGUGUGAGGGAAGCAGCUAAUUUGGAGGGUAUUGAAGCAAAUAAGCCUGUGAGACAGAAAAUCACUGAACCCAACACACCAUAUCACCCAAUGAUUGAUGAUGAUGGUGCACAGUUUUUUUAUGAGCAUCUUUGAAUGAGAUUCCUUGGGUAGGUUCAUAGGGGGAACUAGAGAAUUUUUACUGAUGUAAGGAUAGAUGAAUUACUACACCAUGGACUAGUAGUGUUUGUCCACCUUGUGUUGGUGGUACAAUUUGUUAGGGAAAAUCUCUUCUAUUUGUUUGUAUUUGCAAGUGGAAGAGCCCUAUUGUUCUGAUGCACACCUUUAGUGUAAUACCAUGCAUUUUAGUGUAUUUUUUUUAAAUGAAGGAUUUUUUUUAAUUUAAUUAAAUAUUAGUUCUCUUGUUUUAAA